UUGAUUGGUUAAAUCGUUUUACAAGCAUAAUUUUCAAACUUGUCCAGGCAGAGUGUGAUUGUAGUCUUAAAAGUUAAACAUUCUUUUUCAUCACAAAUUAUUGAUUGAUCUCAUCAGUUACAAAAUACAUUCAAAGUAUUUGACCGUUCUAGUCUUCCCUAACUUAAUUCCUUUUCUGUUUUUAUCAAAUUUCGCGCUCGAUGGCCUCCCAGAAUAGAGAUCCUGCUGCUAGUACCACAAGGAAAGAACCUAACAGCACAACUGCCAAAGACAACCAUUCUGUUACCAAAAGACUACAGCAAGAACUGAUGGUACUUCUGUCUUCUGGUGAUAAUCGAGUAUCGGCAUUUCCUGAUGGAGAUAACGUCUUCAAAUGGAUUGGAACAAUAGAAGGUGCUCCUGGAACGGUCUAUGAUGGAUUACGGUUUAAAUUAGUGUUGCAAUUUCCAAGCGGUUACCCAUAUCAGGCACCAUCAGUUAAGUUUGAUACCGGGUGUUUCCAUCCAAAUGUUGAUGAACGUGGUAAUAUCUGUUUGGAUAUACUGAAGGAGAAAUGGUCAGCGUUAUAUGAUGUGCGAACUAUUCUUCUGUCAAUUCAAAGCUUACUUGGAGAACCUAAUAACGACAGUCCUUUGAAUUCUUACGCUGCUGAACUUUGGUCAGACCAAGAAGCAUACAAGAAACAUCUACUUGAACAUUAUGCAAAAAAUAAUAAAAAGAAAUUAUAAAAACAAAAUAGCAUAUUUAAAAAAAAGUAUAUUACCAGAAUUGUAAGGUUGAGAUUGAAACUGAAUAAUGUUUAAUUGUUGGCUGUCAAGCUAUUCCAAAAUUGCUGCUUAUGGAUUGUUCCAUGGAAUUAUCCCUCUUUCAUUCAACAUACAUUUCUCUUGAAUUCUUUCAUAUUGUUUCUGACUGACCAUGUAUCAAUGUGUAUUCUUUGUUUGUGUAAGUUCUUCCUAUACCUUUCUUUCUGUCUGUCUCUCUUACCUGUCUCUCUAUCUGUCUCUCUUGUCUGUCUCUCUAUCUCUCUCUCCCUCUCUCUCAACCACAUACACCAAAAUUUCAAUGAAUUACUGAUUUAGAAAAAAAAAAACCUCAAAAAUAAACAGUGUUCUGUUCACUUUCUUCAUGAGGUGUGACUGAU